CGGUAUACACUGCCACCCUGUCCAAAUGCCGAACUCAUCUAUCUGGAGCCAGAUCCUCCUUCGAUCUCUAUGGCUUUCAUCUCUGCUUCUCGCCCUCCGCCGUCCAUCGCGUCCACCCUGCCGUCGCGUGCUGACGCUGACGCUGAGGAACUCACACGCUAUAUGACCGACCUGGAGCCCGCAGUUCAUUGGCAUGACCUCAUUCGAGAGUACCACGACGUUUUUCCAUUGUCGUUCUCAUACGCCGGCAUCCUGCAGAGAUUCGAUGUCGAGCAUUCCAUCAAACUUGUGCCUGACUAUCGUGUUCACCACCAGGCACCCUACAGACUCUCGAUCCCCGAGGCCACCGAACUCAAUCAUCAACUUGAGGAGCUCCUGAGACUGGGUUUCAUUAAACCCAACAACUCCCUGUGGGGUGCACCCGUCCUCUUUGCUCGCAAAGCGGAUGAAACUCUUCGUCUCUACAUCAAUUAUCGUGGGCUCAACCGCUACACGAUUAAGAAUAGCUACCCCAUGCCUCGUUCUGACGAGCUAUUCGACCGCCUAGCAGGCAACCGCUUCUUUACGAAGAUUGAUCUUCCUAGCGGUUACCAUCAGAUUCGCAUCGCUGCAGCGGACCAGCCGAAGACAGCGUUGCGAUUAUGCUUCGGUCACUAUGAGUUUACGGUGAUGCCAUUCGGCCUCACCAACGCACCCGCUACCUUCCAGAGGGCGAUGAACGACAUCUUCAGGGACAUCCUGGAGCAGUAUGUUCUCGUCUACCUCGACGAUAUCCUGAUUUACAGUCAUACUCUUGAGGAGCAUCUCAGACACCUCCGUGAUGUCCUUGAUCGCUUGCGCAGACAUGGCUUCUACGCCAAGCUGAGCAAGUGCCGCUUUGCCCAACACAAAGUAGAUUUCUUAGGAUACGACGUGUCUGACCAGGGACUUCACAUGGACGACGUGAAGAUCACUGCUAUUGCGGAGUGACCCGUUCCCACAUCCGCCAAGCAGCUUCGCAACUUCCUAGGCCUCACUAGCUACUAUAGUAACUUCAUCC